ACCACUACGCGCCAAAUUUCACGGUUAGGUCGUUCUUGCCUUUUAUAAAGUUUUUUUAAUGGAUUUUGUUUGUUAGUAUGAAUUAAACCGUCAUUAAGAGCUGCAUCACUAAAAAUGGGAGACUUUCAUUCGCCAAUGCGCUGCAUUUCACCAAGUGCACGUGUUUUAACACCAAAACCACAAGUACAACAAACUUUAGAAGUUCGACAGACACAAAAGAAAGCUAAAAACGCUAUUACACUAUUUUGUAUUAACAGUACACUUUUUGCAGUUGUUCUCUUUGACAUAUUUUAUGGUGGCAUUGCAUAUAAGCCAUUUUCAUGGAUUGAAUGGUGCUUAGCAUCCAUUCUUGGUCUUAAUUCAGUCCAUCAUUUGAUAAGGUAUACCAUGGCCAUGUUCAGUUUGCGGCCAGUCACUUUGACUGCAAACCAAAGAAAACUUUUAGGGAUAUCAGAAGAUGAUCCACUCUUCAAAAAUGAAGUUCUAUCACCUAAAACACUACCAGAACCAACCACUCCACUUAAUUUUUCUUGCAUGAAUUUGAGUAGAAAUUCUAGUGCUCUUGGUACUUCUUCUUUAAAUGAAACAAAAGACUAUUCAGCUUCUAGCCCAUUUUCAAAAUACAAUAGUCCAUUAUCUCGCAAGUCAGCAGUAAGUCCAAAUGUCCCCAUUAAUAAAUCAUUCAACAGUUCAAUGAGUGCUAGUUUCACUGGUGAUGACUUGAUUCAAGAUGAGGUUGGACUGCAAAACUAUUUGAAAGAAGUCACAAAGAAAGAAUGUAAAUCUACACCACAUUCAACCAGUGUUGAUCAACCAUCAAAUUUACUAAGCUCCUUUUGGUCUCAUCCAGCAACUCGCAGUCCAGGAGAAGUGUCACCCUUCUUGAGACAAUGCGUUUAUCAAUUAGCACCAACUGUUGACAAGUCCAAAACUUCUAGUCCUGGUGCUGAAGAAGGAAGUUCACCAAGAGCCUAUGGAAGUCCUGAUGUUUGGAGAAAGUAUAGAAUUGAUCCAGCUAAAGUUAAUCAAUGGAUUGCUAAUUUGAGAAUGUGGAUAAGCAAAACUGUUGUUGAACGAGUUGCAUUAGAAAUAGAUAAUGUAUGUUCUAGUCUAAUCCGUCAUGGUUUAAGUGACUCCCAACCAGGACAUGUAGGGUUGGACAAACUCAGGAAACUUGCUCAAUCAUUCUCAGUAACUGUUAUACCUACUUUACCAGCUCUAGUUCCUUUCCUUGAGCUAUCAAGCAAUCAAGAAUAUUUAGUUAAAAGAAUUAAAAUACUUGCUAAAGGUGGGUCCAUGAGUGAAUUCAAAUGGAAUAGUGGAGGAUCUCAUAAUGGAAAAGAAUGGGAUUCAAGUUUGCCAACAGACACAGCUAUUAUCAUGCAUCUCGUUUCAAUAUAUAUGGACACUCAAUUAGAAGCUCCCUUGAAUCAACCUGAUGCCAGACCUUUCACAUCGAGAUACAUAGCAAAAUCGGGUUCAGAAUUACCGCGAAGCAAAGGUCCUAUAAUAGUCAAUCACUCUACAAAUCCACCUCAUUACUUCCUCGCUCUCACUGGUGACUCCCUAGAAAAAGACUAUGAAGAUAUUCCACGAGGCAGGAACAAUUUGUUUCACACACUACUUUUAUUCUUAUACAUAGUUAAGACUCGUGAUCAUGGUAUGCUCGGCCGCGUCAACCUUGGCAUGUCCGGCGUGAAUGUCCUUUGGGUGAUUGACUAAAUGACCUGUACAAUUUUUCUAUUUUUCUAUUGCGCAAAGAACGUGUGUCAGUGGAAAUUAUUUUAAAAUCUGAGCAAUUAUUUAUUUUGUUAUAAUCAUGCCAAGAAUAGCUGGGUUAAAUGUAAUUCUCCCGUGACUUCAUUUUAACUUUAAGUAGGUAGUCUGUAAAGUUAAGUUAUUAUGUGAUGAUCUUAUGAUGUCGGUGUAUAUGCGGCGUGGUAGUAAAAACUUUGUACAGAUAUGUAAAUAUGAGAAAAUUUAAGCAAUAAGGUCGUGUCUCUCGUAAAUCUUAAGCAUUCAUAAAAAAAUAGUGAAGCAAUAAUAUAUGCAAAAUGUCUUGGUGACGUUUGUAUCUAUUUUUCGAAUGCAAAUUAUUGACUACGCAUUGUAAAGUGAAUAACAAAAACUCUUGGUCUUUUUGAGUGACUUUAACGAAGUGUUCUAUUACUAAGAUCCGUAUAUUGAAUUACAUUAACUCAAUUCGGAAAUCAUCUAUUCAUUCAAGCAGCGAAAACGUAAAUACCCUGUCAAAAAAAAAUGAAAAAAUAUCAAUGAAAAAUUACAAUCAGCAGUAAUACAGAGAUUACUUCAACAUCAUAAAAAUUAUCUAUUCAACAAACGAUUCAAUCCUACAUCAAGAUUUAUUAUGUCAUGUAAAAAAUGUAUCUUAACAUAACUAAAAUUUAUUGAAAUGCUUGAGCACUGAUC